AUGGUCAACAACACUUCGUUAACACCUAUAAAACAACAGAUUAUUGAUGGUGAUAUCGAUUGGACUUUUACUAAAGAAUGGUUAAACCACAAUCCUACUGAUGCUCCUUGUAGUGCUAAAUUAUCAAAACGACAAGGUGCAAGGUUGAAAAAAUGUAAUUUUAUAUAUCCGACGAUUGAUAUUCAACAACAACAUGUUAAUGAAAAGGACCACGCUUUGGAAGAGACUAUUAAUAGUUCUCGAUUAUUUGACGUAAAUUUUGUCGGAUCGUUACCUACCGACCAUCCUUGUUACCUAUUAAUUCAUCAUUUGGUGUCAAGUGACCUAACGUUAAUUUUUUACAAUUAUAUAACGGAUAAAAAAUCACGAUUUUCGAUUUUUAUCAAAUUUAUGAACAUUAUUAUGGAAAAAAUUGAUUUAUCAAUUUGGAAUUGUCGUAACGCUCACGUCAAGGAAUGGGAACGGAAUCUCUCUAUUACGAAAGUCAAAAAGAAAUUUUAUAGACGACGUUACCAUUCAAACGAUAACUCUUCUCCGCCUGAUAACAUCCAAUCUGAUUCAACCUUGCGUCGUACCUAUACUCAUAGACAAAUUCCUACCAUCCCGUAUAGUCGCACGGGUGAAUUUUAUAAUAAUGAAGUCCAUAUUAGAUGGACUUCCAGUAAUUUUUUACAUUCAAGGCCUUGGACCACUCAUCGUGAUAAUUUUUGGUUUGAUAAUAUAGAUUUAUUUUCUUCUUUUAAUUAUAAUAUUAUAGGAAAUUAUAUAAAUACUAGAUAG